CCAAUUAACAAACAGCACCUCAGGUAUAUAUAUAUUAUUUUUUUUCCCCUCACAGAAAGUCCUAAACCUGUGGUGAUUAUAAAGCCUGAUACACAUGUGUUCAGAGGUGAGACAGUGAUUCUCAGGUGUGAAAUAGUGAUAGGAGGAGACACUGAGUGGACAUACAGCUGGUAUAAGAAUAAUACAGAGAACCCAGACCACACAACACAGGAGUUCAACAUCAGCUCAGUUACAGAAUAUUAUGACACUGAUAAAUACACAUGCAGUGGGAAGAGAAAUGACUCCCAGAACUCACAGUUCAGUGAUCCUGUUUCACUCGCUGUAUCAGAAAAACCUAAACCUGAGCUCAGAUCAGACCUAAAAGGAGAUGUACUGACAGGAAACUCAGUGACUCUGUACUGUACACUGAAGCUGCAGUCUGCUGCAUGGAGGUUUAACUGGAUUACACAAACAAACAGUACUGAGAUUGAGACUGAAGCACACUUCUACACGAUCAGAUCAGUUAGUGUCUCUGAUGGAGGUCAGUACAGGUGCAGAGCUGGAAGAGGAAACCCAGUCUACUACACACACUACAGUGAUGCACUCUGGGUAAAUGUUACUGAGAGUCCUAAACCUGUGGUGAAUAUAAAGCCUGAUACACAGGUGUACAGAGGAGAGAGAGUGACUUUCAGGUGUGACAUACAGACAGGAGGAGACACUGAGUGGACAUACAGCUGGUAUAAAGACAGUUCCAUAUUCUACUCAUCCCACAUAACACAGGAGUUUACACUUGAAUGUUACUCCAGUGGUAUAUACACCUGCAGUGGGAGAAGAAACGACUCUCAGCUCUCACAGAUUAGUGAUCCUUUUACACUCUCUGUAUUAGCAAAACCCAACCUCAGUGUGAGGUUAAAUCCUCAGAUCCCCAAUUACACUGGAGACAGAGUUACUCUGAGCUGUAAUCUGCAGGGUACUGGAUGGGAAAUUAUUUGGUACACAGAGUAUCAGCAAUCAAAAUAUCUGACAUCUGGAGAUACACAGAAUAAUACACUCAAUGUGACAUUGUCUAAUGAAGGACAAACAACUUUUUACUGUAAAGCACACAGGGGUAACUAUGUGUCAGAGUUUAGUGAUCCAGCCACGAUUACAUUGAAAGCAAGACCAAAGUCUGUAGUGAAAGUCCAGCCAGCAGAGUGUGUAUUUAUUGGGGAAAGCAUCACCCUCACAUGUGAGAUACAGGCUGGAGGAUCCUGGCAGUACCACUGGUAUAGAGAUAAUAAAGAACUCAGUGAUGCUGCAGGAGAAAAAACAUAUACAAUCACUGAUGUUAAAGAGUCUAAUAAAGUAUAG